GGGAAGGACACUAAAUACUGGGCUCCCUGCACAGCUGGCAGCCACAUUUGCAGCCUGUCCAUCUGUCUGUCCAGCACCUGCUUGAGCCUGUAUUGGUGUCAACACGAUGAGCUCUGACCUGGAAACAGCCAUGGAGACCCUCAUCAAUGUGUUCCACACACACUCGGGCAAGGAGGGGGACAAGUACAAGCUGAGCAAGAAGGAGCUGAAGGAGCUGCUGCAGACUGAGUUCUCUGGUUUCCUGGAAGCCCAAAAGGAUGCGGAAACUGUGGACAAGCUGAUGAAGGAACUCGAUGAGAAUGGAGAUGGGGAGGUGGACUUCCAGGAGUAUGUCACCUUUGUGGCUGCCCUCACAGUGGCCUGCAACAACUUCUUCUGGGAGAAUAGCUAGGCAGACAGUCCCAAAGACCACACCCUGCCCGUGACCAUCCCCACAUGUCCUCUCCCCGGUUCCCUUCUCCCACCAGCAGGCUGACAUAGUAGCGUAGCAGGCCUGCUCUCAGCAUUCAUUAAAGCUCAUUUCUGCCACUCCA